GGAAGGACGGUGCGUGCAGGAUGCGGUUCCUGGUCGUGCUGGUCUUGCUGGGCGUCGCAGUGGCCGGAUCUGCGGGUGAGAAUGCAGCAAACUCUCCUAUAGAAGGAUUGUCCGGGGACACCAGCUCGAUUACGCAGAACUCGGCUGCAGGGUCGGGGGUAAAGACACCUAAUGCCAACGACAAGCCCGCAGACGCUGCUCACCUCGAUAAUCAGACCCAGAAUGAACCGGCCACGAGUUCUAACAGCACGGAUUCUAACAACACGGAGACAGCCUCCCAGGUCAUGGCACAGUCCUUGGCGAACACAAGAACUGCUGCCAACGUCAGCUCACAGCUGAGCGUCCCAAAAGCGCCCCCGCAGAAUGCCAACACCUCGGUGUCACAGCAGCCCACGACGAAAACGACCGCAGCUGCAAGAAACCACCCCACCUCGAUCCCUGCUCCCAGGACCAGCGGUCCCCAGGCUGAGCAAGCCACGACCCCGCAGCCUGCAUCCCAAGCCGAGCAGCAGGGGGAAGAGAAGAUUUUAGAGGACAACGACGGCGACGAUGAUGAGGAGGGGGAGGCCAGGGCCCAGGACGCGGAACUGCUGCAGGAGGACGACUCCCCGCUGCAGGAGGAGAAGGAGAAGGUGCAGGGCCCUGCCUUCGGGGAGCCCCGCGACGGCUCGCUGCUGGAACCCGGGAACAGGGAGGUGGAGGAGGUCUUCCCGAACACUGCCGUCAGUGCGAGCGCCGAGAGCAGCCACUUCUUCGCCUACCUGGUGACCGCAGCCAUUCUGGUGGCCGUGCUCUACAUCGCCUAUCACAACAAGCGCAAGAUUAUUGCUUUUGUCCUGGAAGGAAAAAGAUCCAAAGUCACUCGGCGGCCCAAGGCCGGCGAUUACCAGCGCUUGGACCUGAAGCUCUGACUGGUCUGCGAGAACCUUGUCCUCCCUGCUGAUUUGUUUCCAAAUCAAGAAAUGAAGAGAGGGCCUGGCGGCGUGGCCUAAUGGCUAAAAGUCCUCUCCUUGAACGUGCCGGGAUCCCGUGUGGGUGCCGGUUC